UCCAUUCAAGUCACUGAGCUCAUGAGAACAACUUAGAACUUUCCUUGUUUGGUUUGUUUUUUCGUUUAUUUCACUUUCAGUCCCUGACAUACGUCAUCGUCUGCCGGCGAACUCGGCAUAAUUAGAGGCAAAUAUUUCAUGUUAGACUUCACUUAAAAGAUAGACUAAUGAGAUUAAUCUUUUGGCCGGAUUCAUUAAAAUAAUCCAAUAAAUUUUAUUGGAAAAAUUGAAAACUUUUCAUUGGUAGAUUACCAAGAUUCCUUUCUAGAGUAUACAAGACAGAUCUUUUGGUCAGGACAUCAGAAACAGGUUGAGGUACGACGGUGACAACUGUGCUGUGUUCUGAAGUAAAAACAGGGCUUCCAAUGGCAGUGCUUCUCUUCCUUUUUACGAUCUUCCUUUGUGUAGUGACCAUAAAUGAGGCAUGCUGGUGCACUCAAGCUCACCCGCAGUCAAGAUUUUGCAGCGCAGAUUUUGCCAUUCGCGCUAAGGUUUUGAACGAGUCUUGGGACAACAGCAGCAGAAUUUAUACCCUCAAGGUCUUCAAAGCCUUCAAGGGGGGCAAGAAAAUUGAACGCGUUGCCGAGAUGCAAAGUGAUACGGGAAAACGCAGGAAAAACGUUGUCCAAGUCACAACAGAGCUCGACUCAGCCGCUUGUGGCGUACGCCUUCAGAUUUCUAAAAUCUACAUUCUGCUCGGCUACGUAGAGAACCAACACCGAAGACCAUACAAAGGAAAGAAAAAGUUGACGAUAGAAUCGUGCCAGUGGCACUCGUUAUGGAACGACACCACUGCUCAACAACGUCGCGGGCUCAAGAGGAUUUAUGGAAAAUACUGCCUGUGUAAUAUUGACAAGUACUGCUUCAAAGAAAGACCAGAGCUCUGCAAAGAUUUGAUUCAAGGAUGCCACUUACAAGGAAGUGAUGAUCGCAUGAAGAAUUGCAGAGCAAAGCAUUCUUACUGCGUGAAAGGCCGCAAAAAAUGUAGAUGGAUCGCGCCUCAAAAGGCCGAUUUAAAAAAAUGCAUGAGUGCUUGAAAAUUUCAUUUCAAAAAAAAAAAAGUGGUCAUCAUUUAGUUCUUUAAGUUGUAAACACACAGAGAGCGACGAAUAGAUCAUGUAUUGGAUCUAAAUUAGAACUAAGCUUUUGUAAAUAGUCUAUAAGUCAGGCUUAUUGUUACGGUUAUUAACCAAAUAGGAACAGACUCGACAAGAAAUUGUUGCUUUACAGUAUUAAGACAAACCCCUUCUAGGAGGGGAUUUCAAUCGCUGCAAUAAAACUGUACUCAGUUUGAAAGUU